AAGCUAUCUAUGGUCCUCUUAAUGACUCUAUUACGCGUUAUCUCGGUCCUUUCCAUGGCGUAUUUAUUCUAUUUUUUUGGAUACAUUUUUAUAUACAUUUUUUUAAAUAUUUUUUAUAUAUUUUUUAUCUAUUUUUUUAUGUAUUUUUUUAUGUAUUUUUUUAUAUAUUUUUUUACGCGUUUUAUAGUAUAUAAUAAUAUAAUAUUUUAUAUAUCGUAAAAGGAAAUAAUAAACGAAAAUAAAUAAAAUCGUAUUUUGAAAAAGAA